UUUCAUCCAAUUAGCAUUUCGUUUCCCCCGACCUCGUGUCGAGAGAGUUGUAAGUCAAUAAUGGAGCAGUUAUUCUUAACAUUUAAGCCCCUUUUGCCAUUGGCCAAUGCUGUGUGUGCCACACAGGGCCAUAUCGGAGAGAGGCACUUCAACUCUCAACCAGUUAUCAACAAGAGGAGAGAGGGAGAGGAUGUCAUUCGCUCGCUCCCCGGCUUCCUCACUCGCGCCCGCUCUCUCUCUCUCUCUCUCAACUUUUUGUUUUUUUUCUCUGCGUUCACUUUUCUUGUUUUUAUUAGUGUCUGAACUCACUGAUGUUGAACGUCGUCUAAGAAUUUUUUCUGUUUAAUUGAUUUUCACAAUAGAGUUUGAUAAAUUAACUCAAAUUUCUUAAUAAAUUGGAAACCACUAAUUAAAAACCAUUGUACCCAUAAGGCAUUGAAGUAAUAUCAAAUGCACAACCAUGACGCCGGAUUACCGUCAGCCUAAGCAAAUGGAAAAGACCAUAACCUCAAAAACUGACUACAGUCACCAAGACUCCUGAAUAAAAUUUAUCAAUAAACUCCCGCCAUUGCGAGGCGAGUUGCCGCUGCAUAGUGCUGCCUACAGAUGGAACCACGCUGAGCUCUCGAACGCGAGAGAGACAAAAGAAGGGAAAACGGAAAGGAGAGAUUUAAUUAAGAAAAUGAUGGAAUCAGUCCAAACUUCGUCUGUUGCUCUGGCAAUCCUUCUCUUGAUAUUUUAUAUGCAAGACUUAUCCAGCGCUUUACAAAUCACGAAGAUCCAGGUGCCCAGCCACGUGGCCACGGGGGAAAGUGGGUCACUGGACUGUGACUUCACCGACGACGGAGACACCAUCUACGCCCUCAAGUGGUACUUGGGGCUCGACGAAUUCUACAGGUGGACCCCGGCGGAGAACCCCCAGGGGAAGACCUUUCCAGUUCUCGGGAAUCCGAUCGCCGUCGACCUGAAGUCCUCCCGGAAGGGCAAAGUGAGGUUCCACCACGUCACCCUCGAGGCUUCGGGCGUCUACCGCUGCGAAGUGUCGGCGGAGGCGCCCUCCUUUCACACCGAGUCGGCUGUCGCCACCAUGACAGUUGUAGAUUUACCUGACGGCAAGCCUCAGAUACGAGGUGUUCGACCGAGCUACCAACUCAGAGACGAGGUGAUCCUGAAUUGUUCGUCCUCGCUAUCCCAGCCGGCUGCAAAACUCAAGUUUUACAUAAACGACGAGCAGGCAGAUCCUCUAUGGAUCCACCCCUACAACGCGAUAGAGGAUUCCUUCACCGGCCUCGAGACCUCGGUCCUCGGCCUGAGGUUUCCCCUGUGGCCGAGGCUCCUCCGUCAGGGCAUGGUGAGCGUCAAGUGCACUGCGGAAAUCCUCAACCUCUACUGGGACUCCAGCGAGGCCUUCAUCCUCGUCGACAUCCCGUUCCACGCCUCCAUCAUGGAAGGUCGGGCUUCGGGAGCCGCAGGCAACAAAACGACCCAGAUGACGCAAGUGGUGGCAGCAAUGGCAGCGUUGAUAUUCCUCUGUUUGCUGCUAUAAAGCAUUGACACCCCCCUUUCCAAAUGUGUAGCGGCAGCAACAGAAGCAUCGGUAGCCCCGACGGGCCAAAACGCUCUGGCAAAAACCCAAAACAUUUCGGCAACUGCCGAAUCAUUGUUGAAAAACUGCAACACACACAUGGUCCUCAGGCGGAAAUGAUGAAGUGGACAUCCCGUGUGCGCGCGCGUGUUUGUGUUGACGUUAUCGCUGGAUGUUAAACAGCCGAACAGAAAACAGCAUUACAUAUGCUGUUUUAGAUCGCAUGAACGUUUCCAAUGAUGUAAAAUGUAUUUAAUCGUCAUUGCAGCGUUAAAUACGCGCAUUCGUGCAUGACGCAGAUCAAUGGGAAAACUAAUACGGGACAACUUUUUGUUUUUCCGUGUACAUUAUUCGUAGAGGAAACAAUUGACCUUUUAUUCCAUUCGAACGAGAGCGCUAGUUAAAUAGAUGAGUUGAUUGAUUGACUCUCUCUGGACCUGCUGGGUGAUAGAGCGGAAGUUCAUUUUUCUGAAAAACGGCCAUGAAUAAAAAAAAAUUCUAAAUAAGUGGUGUUAGCAAAAGAAAUAAUACAAAUAAUAAGGACGUCAUAAAAAAUCUAAAUAAGUGAUGUGGGCAAAGGAUAUAAUGAACAAUAAGAAUGCCUUAAGAAACUUGACACAAAGAAAAAACACAGAAGUGAAGAAUGAAAGAAUCUUAACUGGUGAAACGGGCAAGAGACGCGAUGAAUAAAUGAUCUAACAAGAAAUAUGGGAAAAGGCACAAAAUUACGGUGAAGUUCGAUGAACCAAUCCAAAUGAUUAAGAGAAAAUUUGCAAGCGGUCCGAAAAAUAAACAGAUACACGAAAACAAAAGUUAAACCCUGUUUUUAUUUUUUUUGUCUACCGAAAAAAACAACAACACUGCAAUACUCAAAAGGCAUAUGAAAAAAGCCUUUCAACACUAAAGUGUAAAUAUUUACCAGUGUAAAACAUAACCCUAAGAGCGUCUGUACUUGGAACGCAUUACAGGAGAGUCAAGAACAAACAUUACACUUCAUAAAUGAUGACGAGUCCGCGUUCCUUGGACUGUUGAAUAUAAACAAACAGUCUCGAAGGAGCUGAGAUUGCUUCCCCUUUGUUUGUGAUGUUAUUUACAAAUAAAUA